AUGGCAAGGGCAAGGGGGGCAAGGGCGCUGAAGGGGCUGGCGGGGGCGGUGGAGGUGGCGGUGGAGGAUGCGGAGGGGGUGGAGGUGGCGGUGGGAGUGGUGGCGGGGGUGGGGGCUUCGGUGGCGGCGGUGGAGGCGCAGGCGGCAGCGGCGAUGGCCGUGGGAGCAGAGGAGGCGGCGGUGGCGGUGAUGCUGGUCGGGGUGGUGUGCCUCAGGUAG